UAAUUAUAAUAUGCUUUGUAAUCGUUUUAAUUCAUAUCAUAAGCUGCUGUUGUAAUAAAUACGGAUUUACGUUAUGGAACCGCGGCGGUAUCGCCGUCGUUAAACGGUUUAAUGCGCAGUUCGCCCCGACGACGUUGCGUACGCUUAUAUUGUAUAUAGUAAUUCGUAAACAAUGCGAUGAUGUGUUUCGGGAGCUGAUUGACGUGCGCUCAUUUAUGCUGCGGUAACAAUGAUAAUAUUAUUACAAGCACCUAUAGAUAGGUAUCUAUAUACCUACCCCUAUUAUAUGAAACAGCUGGACCGCUUGGAUCUCCCAUCAUAUAUAUAUUAUUAUAUUAUACCCGUUUUGAAUCGAUCGUCAGUACGAACGUACACCCCCUCGUAUGGUGUGUAAUAUACACACACAGAUAGUAUAAUAAUACUACCCCGCACGCAGAAACCCGACUCGCGUUCGAGUGGCGUACACCGUGCAAACAUUGACUGCAGCUGUUUAAACGCUAUAUAUGUAUAUGGUAUACCUACAUUAUAUUAUAUAUAUAUUUAAUGUUUUGUACGUAGGUACAGUCGAGUGUAGAAUUAAAACACCGUGUUGUUCUUGUUUGUCCAAGGUUGCGAGCAGAAGCGUUAAAAGUGCUCCGCAAUAAUGUCAAUAUUGGAUUUUCUUAGGUUCGCCACGUGGGUAAAAGACGAACUCACAAAAUUAACGCGCAUAUUAACACACAUAAACUUAAUCGUUGGUAAAUGAACCGGUCUAUUAUUAUAUAGCCGGAAUUUAUUAUAGGUACUACCUUCGCAUCUUUUCAACAAUACGACACAGGAGAUUUCCUUAUUUGUAGGCGUGAUGACUUAUAUACACAUCUUAAAUAUGUGCAUUGUAAAUACAACAUUUAUCUACAUAGACAGCAACUGGAAAUUAUUAUCGCAUUGAGAUUAUACUUAACAGUUCAUACAUCAACACUUCACGAGUCUUAGUUCGCUUUUAAACAAUUCAAAAACAAACUCAACGACUCAAGAUACUAAUAACCUGCGGGUUAAUUUGAGUAUUAACCAAGUUGAACCAAACUUGUACACAGUUACCUAAUGAAUAUAAAAUUACUUUCAAUGUACCAUUUCUGUAGAUAUUGCCUAACUAUUAUAUCUAAAGCAUAUUAUAUUAUACUAACAGAAUGAAGUACUUGGCACUUAUGAAAACUUUGUUCCAGACAAAAUAUUAUCAGCUUUCAACUCUCAUCACGCUUUCACCAAAACUUUUAAACAAAUUACAAUAUUAUAAAUUUGUAUGCCCGGUAUAAUGACAUAUACUUUAUUGUUUUGUUUACUUUUUAUUACGUAUUCUUAGAUAGCAAAAUAUAAAAUAUUUUAAGUACCAAAAAAAGUUUAUGACGACGGCGUGGAUCAUUGAGAAAUAAUUCAAUUCUUCAAAUGUAACAAUAUCAUUUAAAUUAUAUGAUGUGUUAUAAAAUAAUAACAAGAUAAAGUAUUUAUGACUGUAACGAUACCUGCACAUAGGUAAUUAAGACAAUAUAUAAUAUUCUCCAUUAAAGGAACGUAUAUUGACUGAUUAGAAAGGAAAUCAUCGCCAUUCUCUCAGUUGCUUAGUCCAGUCCCACAUCCUGCGGUCGUUAAAUAUUUGAUCAACAACAAAAUAAAACAAAAAAGGUUUAUUAAUGACAUCAUUGCAUUUGAUCGAAAACAGCUAAUGCUACUCCGACCAUCACUUAUGAAAAAUUCACCUGUGACAAACAAAUGCAUAACUUUGAAUAGAACUUUGAUAAUGUUAUUUAUAUAUUUUAUCCUUUACAACAUUUUUAGGACUUAUUAUAUGCCACCGAAAGUAUAUGAUUUACCUUCAGUUUCGUUUAUUUUUUUUUCUGAUCCAAAUUUGUUAGACAUGAUAAUUGUUACUGGAGGGUGUUUUUAUAUUCAUAGUGUGGCAUCUAGGUUUUAUGCUUUAAACGAUGCCUGGAGACACUUGCCACUUGGUUUGGUGGAAAUUCCGGGUGAAUGGACAAAAUCCGAAAUAACAAUGUCAUUAGAAUGUUUACGAUUGUUGCAUGCUGAUCUUUGUAAAAUAAUAAAAGUCUUUAGUUUAGGUUAUGGUAUGAUUAUGUUAGGGUAUUUUACAUUUAGUUUUGUAGGCUUAUUGAUGUAUACUUAUUUGUACUUUGCUGUCGGAUACAAGGAUAUCUCUGACACGUCAUUUGCAUCGAUCAUCCCUUGGUGUUUACCAUUGAUAGUUAGAUAUUGCCAAUAUUGUAUAUUCUACAUGAGUAUUGUCGUAAACGCAUCAUAUACAAAUGAAAAAAAAAGAGAAAUUAUAUCAUAUUUACGAGCAUGCCGAAUUUCAAGUUUAGCAAUUCACACAAAAUUACAAAUGUCUGAAUUCAAAUCUAACGAAAUUUCAGCGUAUGGGAUAUUCAACAUCAAUUUACAUCUUGUUAUAUCAGUGAGCAUUUUCUUCUUAUUCUCUGUUAUAAGAAUAUUAUGUCAAAAACGGUAACAACGAUUUUCAAUCAACCAGAGCAAUAUUUAAUGUUAUAGGUGGUAGGAUAUAAUAAAAGUAACUAUAGUACGUUUCAUAUCAAAUGCGACUCGAUCAUAGCGGGUCGGGAGGGGCUUUUUUAUCAGGAUUACUCAUAAUCGAGUGUAUAUAAACUAUAAAUUGGGGAAUUUAAAACGACUAUUUAAUAUGAACAAAAUAAUAUAGCACCUUAUUCUUCAGUCUAAUUUAGGAACCAUUGAUUUUAGUAUAAACACUCACCCAGUGAUCUAAUCGAGUCGCAUUUGAUAUGAAACUUACAAAAGUUUUGUAAACACAUUCAGUAUAGAUUGGCUAGGUUGUAGGGUUGUAGAAUGUAGAGGCGCUACAGCAUUCUAUUCCUUUUUUAUAUUUUGCUCGUUUAACUAAAUAUUUACACUAUAAUACUUAUGUAAACUCAAUACGUAUAGAUAUAUUCUAUUGGCAGUCAAGGCCGUAGCCAGAAAAACAUUUGGGAGUUAGUGUAUAAAUAUGUUAUAUUAUGUAGUAAAAUAUGAAAUUCUAACUAUUCAGUCUUAUUUCAAAAAAAAAAUUUUUGGGGGGGGGGGGGGUUGAACCCUAAAUCCCCCCUGGCUACGGCCUUGUUGGUAGUUAUCAAUACUUUCUAACUAGUGAAAAGUAUUAAAAGCUAUCCAUAAAAUUAUAAAUGUUACUUCCAAUAAAAAUUCUAUUCCAUAAUUGUACAUCUUAGUUUCAUUUAUGCCUACAUUAAUUAUACAUUUAAAACAAUAAACAUAUUAUAACAAAUACUUCCUACCUUUGUAUAAAAAUAGAAAAUCGAGAGAUAUAUAAGACACCUCGUGAUACAUAAUAUCAAUUAAUUAUUAUAAGAUCCAGGUUUUUUAAAAUAUUCUUAAAUUAUAUUGAAUAAAUUUAUAAUGCUUUUAUUUUGUUGUUAGUCUUAUUUAGACAAAUAUUUUUAGUUGCUUCAACAUUAAUUUUAAUCAAGAGUGACACGGUCAAAUAACAUAAUGAAUGUUAAGUGAUCGAUAAUAAUAAUCAGUAUAUAAUUUAUAAAUUAACAAUAAAAAUGAGAAAUAUAUGUUUUCUGUUUCUGUUUAUUCGUAUUUAUGUUCAUACACUAAAUAUCCUAAACAUAAAUGAAAGAAUGACGGAUACAUCAACUAAUAAUGUAUUUUAAUUUGUAAGCUAUACCAUGGGUGCCCGCGGGGAGGGACCAGGAGAGGCCAUGCCCCCCCGGCUUUUGUCACCAAUUUUUGUAUACCUAUUACAGAAUUUUACCUAACCUAACUUAACAUUUUAUGUAUAUAUAUUAUAUAUAUGUAUAAUAUACACCUUACCCCCCCCCUCCGGUGAAAAUUUCUGCGGGCGCCCUUGAUAUAAUAAAAUUAUACCUGUUGGAUAACUGAUAAAGUAAUAAAUUAUAAACGUUGUACGUGCUCACAAAAUAAUUAGAAUAAUAUCAAUGAGUCAUGAUUGUCGCUAUAGCGUUAUCACUAUAACCGUAAAGUUUAACAUUAAAUUAAUAGGAAAAUAUUCGUGAAUGACAUAUUUUAAAAAUUUUUAGUCACUUUGCUAGUAUCGAUGUACUAGUCGAUGAAGUUAUAAUUGAUUUCAUCGAUUUCAGUGUACCUACUAAAAUUUUUCUAAAAUAUUAAAUGAUAAAUUGUAUAAUAUCAUAUUAUCAUGUACCUUACUUGCUUAUAAGUAAUUUUAAUAAUUUUUUUAUUUUAUCUAAAAUAAUGAUUUAACAAUCAAAUGUAAGUAUCAUUUUAU